AUGUCCACUCCAGUCCCAACAACAGAAGAUCCCAGCCAGUACCGUCUACCAACCAGCGUCAAGCCCAAGCAUUAUGACGUUGUCAUCAAGACCGAUCUCGAGGCCCUCAGUUUUGACGGCGUCGUCAAAGUCGAUCUCGAUAUUGUCGAAGAAACCUCCUCUAUCACUCUGAACAGCGCUACUCUCGAUCUCGGCAAAGUUUCUGUAUACUCUGAUGCCUCCAAAGCUACACAGGAACCUACCGGACACUCUCUGGAUAAAGUUCAAGAGCGUAUCUCGUUCCAACUGGCCAACCCUCUCCCCGCCGGGAGCAAGGCCGAACUCAAGAUCGCUUUCUCUGGUGAACUCACUGGCAGCAUGAUGGGCUACUACAAAUCGUCUUGGGAAAACGAAGGCAAGACCGAGCACUACGCCCUUACUCAGUUCGAGCCAACGGCAGCGCGUCGCGCCUUCCCUUGCUGGGACGAACCUUUGCUCAAGGCCACCUUCGCAAUUACCAUGGUUUCUCGCGCCGAUACGACUAAUCUCAGCAACAUGCCUGCCAUCUCGGAAGAGGUCAUUGAACCCAACACCAACGUGUCCGAGGACAUCAGGGAACUCGUCGCUACCGCUAAACCAGAUGACAAGUGGAAGGUCACCAAGUUCGAAACCACACCGCCUAUGUCCACUUACAUCGUUGCGGUCGCUAACGGCAAAUUCGCGUUCUUGGAAUCUUCGGUCAAGAUGCCCCUUAGCGGAAAGACUAUCCCCAUGCGCAUCUACGCCACUCCCGAUGUAAUCCAUCAGGCCCAGUUUGCUCUUGAUGUCAAGCUCGCUGCUCUCCCCCUCUACGAGACCAUCUUCAAUGUCGAAUAUCCCUUGCCUAAGCUCGAUACCCUCGUAGCACAUGACUUCGAUGCAGGCGCCAUGGAGAACUGGGGUCUUAUUACUGGCCGAACCAGCGUCUUCUUGCUCGACCCUGAACGCGCGGAUCAACAGUCCAGGAAGCGAGUCGCCACCGUCCAAAGCCACGAAGUUGCGCAUAUGUGGUUCGGUAACAUUACGACCAUGGAGUGGUGGAAUUACCUCUAUCUCAACGAAGGAUUCGCCACCUUGAUGGGUGAAGUCAUCAUUCCCAACAGGAUCUGGCCCGACUGGAGAAUGGAUUCCGAGUUCAUUUCUGACCACUUGAAUCGUGCCCUCGGAUUGGAUGCCAAGCUCUCUUCCCACCCCAUUGAAGUCGACUGCCCGGAUGCCAAUCAUAUCAACCAGAUCUUCGAUGCUUUGUCGUACUCCAAGGCUGCCUCUGUCCUCCGCAUGUUGUCAAACUAUGUCGGCGAGGAGCGCUUCUUGAAGGGCGUCUCCCUUUAUUUGAAGAAGAAACUGUUCGCCAAUAGCGUUACUCAUGACCUCUGGGAGGGCAUCAGCACGGCAACUGGACAUAAUAUUACUGAACUCAUGGAGAACUGGAUCACCAAGAUCGGCUUCCCCGUCCUUACCGUCACUGAGGACGCCAAUGGCAUCACAGUGCGUCAAGAUCGGUUCUUGGAGACCGGUUCCGCCGAGCCCAAGGAUAAUGAGACCAUCUGGAAUGUCCCCUUGUUCAUCGUUUCCGCGCAAGACGGAGGCAACUUCGCCGUGGACAAAUCGGUCAUCCUGCAAGAGAGGGAGAAGCACUUCCCCAUUGAUACUUCCAAGCCGUUCAAAUUGAAUGGUGGAACUGCUGGUGUUUACCGUGUCCUCUACACUCCCGAGCGCCUUGCUAAGAUCGCCGACGAGGCAGCCAAACCAGAGGGUUCUGCUUUCGACCUAAACGAUCGUCUUGGCCUCGUAUACGAUGCUCUUGCACUCUCUAAAGCCGGCUUCGCAAAGGUUAGCAGUGCCCUCACCGUCGUUGACAAAUUGAAGAACGAGACGGAAUAUCUCGUGUGGGACUCCAUUGGCUCCAGCCUUGGUGAAUUGUACUCUAUUUGGUGGGAGAAGCCCGAGGUCACCGACAAGAUCCUUGCUUUCCGUCGUUCCCUCUUCGCCCCCAUUGUCGAGAAGCUCGGCUACGACUUCAAAGACUCUGACUCUCGCGACGUCAAGUUGCUCAGGAAGCUCGCCAUUUCUCAAGCCGCCUUUGGCCGUGACCCCAAGGUUAUCGCAGAACUUCGAAGCCGCUUCGACCACCUGCUCAAGACCGGUGAUGAUUCGAAGAUUCCGGCUGAUCUUCAGGGAACUAUCUACUCUAUCGCUGUCAAGUACGGUGGCGUCGCCGAAUACGACGCUGUCUUGGGUAUCCAUGACAAGCCCAAAACUCCUGGACAAAAGAUUGCUGCCAUGACGGCUUUGGGUAACGCUCAGGAACCAGAGCUUAUUCAAAGGACCUUUGACAGCAUUGCUACAAAGGCUCGUGAUCAGGACAUCAUGUACUACUUCAGCGGUCUCUCCGGCAACUUUAAGACUCGAAGGUUGCUCGUCAAGUACUUCCAGGAUCAGUACGAUGUGUUGUACAAGCGGUUCGAGGGUAACUUCACCUUGCAGUACUUGGUUAAAUACUCUUUGGACUUCUUGUCGACCAAGGAGGACCUUGAAGCCGUACAGGCCUUCUUCAAGGACAAGGACACGUCUAAAUAUAACCAGUCGCUAGCGCAAACCCUCGACAGCAUUCGUGCCAAGAUUGCAUACAUUGAGCGCUCUACUGAAGACCUCGAGUCUUGGUUGAAGGAAUGGGAGAGUAGACAGUGA